UACUUUUUUCCAAGGGAUCUGAGAAACAUGGCAACGGAGGAGAAGAGCAAAGGAAGUGAGAGAUGGACGGGAGCCAUAACCAAUCUGACGGAGAUGGCUUCGAAUCUGGAGUCACUUCAGAAAUUACUCCUCAAGAAAGCCGUCUUUGUCGACGAAGAGACCUUUGCCAAAGCGUCUCUCAGCUCCGAACAAGCCCGUACCAUCAAGGUUCUUGAACAAAGGGUAGAGACUUUGGAAAGAGAACUUGAUGCGGCCAUUACGGCUGCUGCUCAUGCUCGUUCUGAGAAACGUCAGGCUGAAGCAGCUCAGAAAGUUGCUGAAUUACAUGCUCAAGAGGUUACAAAAGAGCUUGAGAACACCACCAAGGUAUUUGAGCUACACAUGGACGAGUUGCGUGCAAGGCAGGAUGAAAUCUCAAAGCGUGAUAAGGACAUUAAACUUUUGGAAGCUAUCAUUCAAACACUUGGUGGAAAAGAUUCACAUUCUACAAACGGGUAAAUCGUGCUCUUCCGAGCAUAGUUUGUAUUACCCAUGUUCUAUGUAAAUUCACAGGAACGUUGAACAUCUGUACUCUUUUAGAUACUAACUACUUUGUUUUCACACGGAUUAUUAAUGAGCAAUUACUUGAUAUAUAUGAGUUGAAUCGACUGUUGUUGAUGAAAGGAAGACUAAAGUGAAUUCAUUGAAA